AGCAAGAUCGCACAAAAGCCGCAGACGGAUGUAGGAGUAUUUGUACAUAUACUGUGGAGUCGGUAACGUGGAAACAAGAAGUCGCCAGCAAUGCUAGUGAAAUUACAUCGAAAUUUUGGGAAAAGAGUAUCGUUUCACGUUCGCGUUGGUUCUUUUCGAUUGGCAACCAUAGGAAAACAACUGUGUUCGAUGGCUCAGUGUGAUAACGCAGAGGAACGAAAGAUUAACGUCGAUGGAUGGAAUAUCAAUUACCUGAGAGUUGGAACUGGCGAACAUCCGGUUUUGCUUCUACCGGGUGCCGUAGGCUCGAUUUGGACAAACUUCAAACCUCAAGUAGAGGGCCUGGACAAAGGAAAGUUUACUAUAGUGGCAUGGGACCCGCCAGGCUACGGAAAAUCCAGGCCACCCGAUCGAACAUUUCCCGAUGAUUUUUUCCACCGUGACGCCACUUGUGCGCGCAAUUUAAUGAAAUGUUUAGGUUUCACGAAAUUCUCAUUGGUAGGAUGGAGCGACGGCGGUAUUACAUCUUUGAUACUCGCUGCAAAGUAUCCCGAUAACGUUCGAAAAAUGGUAUCCGUUGCCGCGAAUGCCUACGUAACACCGGAAGAAGCAGCCACCUACAAACAAUACCAAAACAUCGACACAUGGUCGCAACCAAUGCGAGAGCCUAUGGUAGCGCUUUACGGGGAGGAAUACUUCCGUACGAUGUGGUUCAAUUGGGUGGACACUCUUGUAAGAAUAGCCGAGAAAAAUAAUGGCGAUUUAUGCAAAACGCUUCUACCGCAAAUUCAAUGUCCUACUUUGAUCGUACAAGGAUCGAAGGACGUGAUGGUGGCGGCCGAACAUCCGAUUUACUUGAAAGACCAUAUUCCUGGAGCAAAAUUGGAAAUGAUGGAGAAAGGGGCGCAUAAUUUGCAUUUACGAUAUCCCGAAGAAUUCAACGCUCUCGUCACUAAAUUCUUAACCGAAUAAUCGCUCUCAUCUUUCGUACGCUUAUCAAUCGAACAGUGUUAUUAUUAUCAUGUCCGACUUUUUAUUUUCAUACUUUUUGUAUAAGGUGUUGAAGCAACAAGUGUUUUUCUGCUGUAACAACUUGUAUCUCUCUGAGCGUUAAUCCCUAUUAUGUACCAGUUACAGUUGCUAGAAAAAGCAUCCUUAUUAAGCGGUGGAACAGCACAGAGGACAGACGUGGGAUAACCGGCGCGGCGCAGAAAUCAAGCGAGAGAAAGGAGCCGUGAAACGAUCGUGGGCGACGAAGGUUUCCCGUAGGCUUACCUACACGCUUCUCUCGACACUUCCAAAAUCGUGUCUGCUUUUUCAGUUUCGAAAAUGCAAUCGCGUUGUCGUACGAUAUAAAGACGAAAACGUGUACGCAAGAAAGUGUAAGAGGUAAAAAAACAAGUGGCAACCACCAACUAUAUUGUACACGUCAAGGACCGCCCAUCCGAAAUAUCCGCAAUGCGCUUCGGACGAGAAUCGAUCCUGUUCCUCGUUUCGGUCACGCCCCCGAAAGAUCCAUUUACCAGGAA